AUGAGCAGUUUGAAUAAUGGGGGGGAUUCGUCAAGUAAUCAACUCACAAAGGAAGAAAAAUUGAAGAAACGUCAAGAGAGAUUAGCAGCUUGGAAAUCAAAGAAUGGUGAAGGUUCAAAUGAUCAGAUAAGCAGGGAAGAUAAUUUGAAAAAACGCCAGGCUCAAUUAGAGGCGUGGAAACAGAGAAAACAGCGGGAAGAAGUUGGCUCUUCUUCUCCUAGUCCUGCUGCACCAUCAGCCGAUGAUAAACAGUUAUCUCGACAACAAAAGAUAGAGGAAUGGAAAAGGAAAAGACUACAGAAUAAAACAGAAGCUGUGGCCAAGUUGAAUCAAAGCAAAAUAUCGAUCAAAGCACCGAAGAUUGUGAAACCAAAAUCAAAUGGUUUACUAAAGAAAAGAAGUGCCUUUGAAAACGAAGAAGAUGACGAACAGAAUUCAAAACCGGUAUUCAAGAAACCUACCCUUGGAAACGAUCGAACUAAUUCGCAAUCAGAUGAAGGAGAGGAUGAAUUAGAUUUGUUUUUGCAAAACUUGGACCAUUCUUUGGAUGAUCAAGGAAAGGGGCUUCAACAGGUUGAAGACGUACACGAAGAGGAAGAAGAAGCCGAAGAUGAAGAUCAAGAUGAAGAACAGAAGAAACUUUUCCAAUUAACUGAAAAAAUCUCAAAUAAAGAAAAAGAAUUAGAAGUUAUUGAUCAUUCAUCGAUUCAAUAUGAUUCAUUCAGAAAAAAUUUCUAUAAACCACCCAUUGAAAUUGAAAAACUCCUGAGGGAAGAUAUUGCAGAUUCAAGAUCAGAUUUACAGGAUAUUAAAGUCAGAGGGGUCGACUGUCCUAGGCCGAUUUUAAAAUGGGCUCACUUGGGACUCCCGCAACCUAUAAUGGAGGUGAUUGAAGAUAAAUUGAAAUACCCCAAGCCGUCCGCUAUUCAAGCACAAGCAUUACCAGCAAUAAUGUCUGGUAGAGACGUAAUCGGUAUAGCGAAAACAGGAUCUGGAAAAACCAUUACAUUUGUAUUACCAAUGUUAAGACAUAUUAAAGAUCAAAAGGCGUUGAAAAGGGGCGAAGGUCCAAUUGGAUUGAUUAUGAGUCCAACAAGAGAACUUGCUAUUCAAAUCAAUAAAGAACUAAAUCAUUUCACCAAGAGUCUAGGACUCACUUCGUGCUGUUGUUAUGGGGGAGCAAACAUUGAAAAUCAAAUAUCUGAAUUGAAGAAAGGUGCUGAAAUCAUUGUGGGGACCCCCGGUCGAAUCAUUGAUUUAUUGGCGGCUAAUGGCGGUAGAGUUACAAAUUUGAAAAGAGUUACUUAUACUGUGUUAGAUGAAGCCGAUCGAAUGUUUGAUAUGGGAUUUGAACCUCAAGUAUCGAAAAUUUUCAGUCAAAUAAGACCUGACAAACAAACACUAUUAUUUUCGGCAACUUUUCCCAGACAAAUGGAAUUAUUGGCUAAGAAAAUAUUGAACAACCCCAUUGAAAUAAGUGUUGGGGGUAUAAGUGUUGUUGCGUCCGAAAUCAGUCAACAAAUAGAGUUAUUUGAAGUUAAUAAACAUGAAAAUAAUCUGGAUGAAUUACUUGAGAUAUCCAAGUUUAAUAAAUUAAUUCAAAUUGUCAAAGAUUACCAUCAAACCAAAAUACUUAUAUUUGUUGAAAAACAAAAUUCGGCUGAUGAAUUACUUGUUAAAUUACUUGGAUAUAAUUAUGCGUGUUUGGCUAUCCAUGGAGGUAAGGAGCAAAUUGAUCGUAAAUAUGCCAUUAAAGAAUUUUCUUCAAUGAAUAGUGGGGUUAAUAUUUUAAUUGCAACCUCAAUUGCUGCAAGAGGGUUAGAUGUUAAAGGAUUAGAUUUGGUUAUCAACUACGAUGCUCCUAAUCAUAUGGAAGAUUACGUUCACCGAGUUGGUAGAACUGGUAGAGCAGGUAAAAAGGGAACCGCAAUUACCUUUGUCACCUCCAAACAAGAAAGAUCAAUUACUGAUUUAGUCAAAGCCAUGAAAUUCCUGCAACAAGAUCAAAUUGAACCAAGAUUAAUAGAAAUAAGCAACGCAUUUUUGAAAAAAGUUAAAUCAGGUAAAGAAAAAUACUAUUUCGGAUUUGGAGGAAGAGGACUUGAUAACUUACAAGAAAUUAGAGAAAGUAAUCGGGACCUUGAAAGGAAAGUUUUCAACGAAGAUGAUUCGAAUGAGCCAUCAACUACAAAAAGUUUCCAAUUACCUGACUUCCAAAUCAUUCAAGGUAGAGCUAAUGAAACUGCGGGUCCUGAAAGAUGCAAAUAUCAUUCCCGGAUUCAAAUUAACGAUUUGCCUCAAAAGACAAGAUGGUUGGUUAGUAAAAGCGAUAAUUUAAAUAAAAUCAUCGAAUUAACUUCAACAUCAAUAACAAACAAAGGACAGUACUACGCUCCAAAUACGAAAAUCCCAAUUAAAUCCGAUCCACCCAAACUUUAUCUUUUGGUGGAAGGAUUAACCGAAAAGUCUGUUCGUGAUGCAAAUAAUAUGAUUCGCCAAAGUAUGAUUGAAGGACUAGAAGCAGUUGCCAGGGACCAAAACAUCGCACCCACCGGUAAAUACACCGUGUAA